CAGUCUAAAUAGCAACAGCAGGGAGAAUAUACCUUCUCGCAAUAAAAUGUUAAAACUGAAUUAUUUUCUUUUCGUGUGUGUAUUACUGGCCCCCUACUGUACAUGUGUGGCUCCUUUUGGUCAGUAUGUAACAGUUCCAGAAUGUCCGAAAAUAACAACAUCACCGCAGAUUACGUACAAAGGCAAAAUGACUUUCAUUGGUGCUUACGUGAACAUGAAAAAACCUCCGCCACAGAAUUCUAUUCCCCCUUCCAUGUUUUGUAUUGAAGUGGACUUUCCGCCGAAAAAUACAGGAGAAGAAUGGGGGAAGGUUUUAGGAACGGAUAAUAAGAGCUUUAUCGUUUACUACGAGUGCACUGCUAUCGACAAAAAAGCGUUCUCAUAUUCCGCCUAUGUCUUUUCAAAAACAAAAAGUCGCGAUCCAGCUAUUGAAAAAGCGGUUAAAGAAAUCUUCGAUAAAAAUAAGCUAAGCUUUAAGGAUUUUAUUUAUGUUUGCUAGCGAUAUUAAAUGCAUUUCCAAGAAUAGAUGCGAACGCAGUAAAACACACAUAAUUUGGUGUACAAAAAAUAAAAAAUCUAAUAAUACUACGAAAA